AAAUAGUAAGAGGCAGCAAAAUGUAGAACCAGGGACAAGGGACAAACAGAGAACAGAGAGGAGGAGGGAGAAGAAGAAGAGCGAGAAGAGAGAAAGACAAUCACAGAGAGAGAGAGAGAGAGAGAGAGAGAGAGAGAGAGGAGCAGUCCGGCAUUCACAUCUACCGGAGACUUUCCGUCUCCCCAUUCCAUGUACGAUUCUGUAUCCAUACACAAACAUAUACAUACAUAUACACAUACAUAUAUUUUUCCAAUUCCCUCUUAUUCUCCUUAUCCAACCCUAAUAAAAUACCGUCCUCCUCGUUUCCCCCUUUCCUUGAUCUCAAUCACCCUCCUACCGCACAGCCUGAUCUCGCCAGAUCUGAUUCUGACCUAAACUCUUCAAGAAACACUAAUUUCCAAAAAUUGAAAGAUUUAUUAGGGGCCGUCGAAAUGGAUGACUUUGGCAUGUUUCCCAGAGACCUAGGGUUCAGACCCCAAGGCAAAUCGGCUCCCAUGGCUCCUCCCAAAGGAUCGAGAUCAUCUUCUUCUUCGUUCGCCGACGAUCAGUUCAGCGACGUCUUCGGUGGCCCUCCUAAGUACACGAGUUCCAGCAACAACAAAACGACGUCGUCGCUUUCGGAUUUGGAUUACAAUUCGAUUUUCAAAAGCUCCUCGAGUUCCGCGACUAACGAUUCGAAGAUUAGGUCGUCUUCGCCCGUGUACGAUAAGCCAGUUUACGACGAGGACAUCUUCGACGGGCUGCCUGGGUUGAAGAGUAAAUCGACGUCGGCCUCUUCUAGGGUUGGUUUCGACAGUGAUGCCUUCGAGAGCAUUUCGAACCAGAAUCAGAGGCAGAGUGCUGCGUUUGAUGAUCUUCUUGGGAAUUUUUGGCGGAAUGACAAGGCCGGAGGAAAAAGUACUACGAGCUCCAGAGGGCUAGUAGAUGAUUUGAUUCCUGGGUUUGGUGGUAGCAGUAGUCCCCCCAAAAGCAGCAGGCCACUUUCAGAGCCUGAUCGAGCGCAGAAUGCUAGUUCAACCACCAAACCAACAUAUGAUGUGAUGGAAGACCCCUUUGCUGUUUUAGAAUCAAAUUCAACCCCUUCAGCUUCAUCCCCCGGCCUGUUCACUGAUCCACUUGAAGAGAUCAGUAAGAUUGGAAACUCUGGGAACACUAAAGUCAGUGAUUCAUCAGUUAGUGGGAGGGCAUUUGAUGUAGAUCCCCUUGAUGGUUUUGGCCAAUCUGUUCCUGCACUUUCCUCUGAGAUGAAUAGCAGAGUGAAGGAGGGGAGCCCUUCAAUGACAGGAUCAAGCAUGGGUAAAGUACAAACUUCUGUUAAUAGUGAAGCAUUUGGGAGUUCGUCUUUCAGGGAUUAUGAGAUUGACUCGCAGAAGUUGUAUGCUGACAAUUUCCAGGAAUCUCAUCAAACUAUGUCUGAUAUACCAAGUGUUUCAACAGAUUCUCGUACUUCUGUUGGUCAAAAUCCCUUUGACAUACACGCUGAUCAUGGUGAGAUGAAUGCCCAGGUAGACAAAUCUCCAGAAUCAGAAGAGUAUGUCGAUCCAUCUGAUGAAGUUUGGCUCACAGUAUCAGAGGUCCCUCUUUUUACCCAACCCACGGGUGCUCCACCACCUUCGAGACCCCCUCCUCCAAUACCCACUUGGGGUUCAAAGUCAGAAGCAGGCUUUUUUGAUUCAAAUGCAAGAAAGAAGGGUAAUGAGUUCUCUCCUUCACCAAAUUCCGGUCAAUACUCUCAAACUGCUAUGCCAACCCGUUCUCAUGUGAAGAGCGGUGCGGUGUCUCAAAUAGAUGAACUUGAGGAUUUCGCCAUGGGUAGGGGUGGAAAUUAUGUUGAUGAGGAUGCUGAAGAAAUGAACACAAACUCCUCUGCUGCUGCUGCUUCUGCAGCUGCCAUGAAGGAUGCUAUGGAUAAAGCCGAGGCUAAGUUUAGGCAUGCAAAGGAAGUAAGGGAAAGAGAGUACGCAAAGACUGCCAGAAGUAGAGAAGCUGUGCAGCUGGAAAAAGAUGAACACGUCAUACAAGAUGAGGAGGAGGGAGAAUUCAAGGAAAACCAGGAGAGAUUAGAUUGUGAGCGGAGACAAAGGGAGGAGGAAGAGAAAGAGCGGAGGAGACUUGAGAAGGAGAGGGAGAGAGCCAGACAAGCUGUGGAAAGGGCCACUAGGGAAGCACGCGAAAGAGCAGCUGCUGAUGCACGUGAAAGAGCAGCUGCUGAAACUCGCCUAAAAGCCGAGAGAGCUGCUGUUGGGAGGGUACAAGCUGAAGCUAGAGAACGUGCUGAAAGGGCUGCAGUUCAGAGAGUACAAGCUGAAGCGCGUGACAGGGCAGCAGCAGAGGCAAGAGAGAGAGCAGAAAAGGCUGCGGCAGAAGCUAAGGAAAGAGCAAAUGCAGAAGCAAGGGAAAAAGCUGCUGCUGCUGCUAAAGCAGAAGCUGAAGCAAGACGUAAAGCAGAAAGGGCUGCCGUAGAGAGGGCUGCCGCAGAGGCUAGAGAAAGAGCUGCUGCUGAAGCUAGGGAAAAGGCUGCUGCUGCUGCAAGAAUGAACCAACAGAGGAAUGAUAACGAUCUUGAAUCCUUUUUCAGCAUGGGUUCUAGACCUACCAGUGCUCCGCGGCCACGUGCAAAUUCUUAUGACCCUAUGGCAGACCCCCAGUUUCAGAGUAAGGGAGGACCAGAAGGGGCAAGGACAUCCGUUAGUUCCUCAUCCAAUAUGAGAAAAGCAUCUUCGACUACUAAUAUUGUUGAUGAUCUUACUUCAAUUUUCGGAGCUUCCCCUUCAGCUGGAGAAUUCCAGGAUGUUGAAGGAGAAACUGAGGAAAGGAGGAGGGCUAGAUUGGAACGCCACCAAAGGACACAGGAGCGUGCGGCUAAAGCACUGGCUGAAAAAAAUCAGCGGGAUCUUCAAACUCUGAGGGAUCAAGAAGAAAGAUAUAGGGUCGCCGAAACAUUAGAUGUGGAGAUCAAGCGGUGGGCUGCAGGGAAAGAGGGAAAUUUGCGUGCACUGUUAUCAACCAUGCAAUAUGUGCUAUGGCCUGGAUGUGGUUGGCAGCCUGUUUCUUUGACUGAUUUGAUCACUGGUGCAUCAGUCAAAAAAGUUUAUAGGAAGGCAACUCUGUGCAUCCAUCCUGAUAAGGUGCAACAAAAAGGUGCCACACUUCAGCAAAAAUAUGUUGCUGAGAAGGUGUUUGACCUUCUUAAGGAGGCUUGGAACAAGUUUAAUUCAGAGGAACUCUUUUGAAUUUCGCCCCGGUCCUUUUGCAUAAUAUGAAGAGUACCAUUUAUCGGGAGAAAGUCUUCGAGCUGUUCCAGCAGACAUAUUCCUCAGCUGCUACCGUGCACAGGUUUGGCUAAUGUGGUUUGAAUGUUUGAUAAUGGAAAUAUCCACCGGUGCUGAGAUGCCUGAAUGGCAAGGGCAUGCUCCUGCUGCUGUAAACUGAUGUGAAUGCCAUAGAUAUAUAAGUAUGUGGAAUGAUUGGUCGGUGUAGAGUUGUAUUGUCAAUCGUCACCCUGCACAUCUUUGUCGAAUUUAAUCAUCCUAUCUCAUCUUUAUGGGAUAAUUUUUCUCCUCGUGAUUCUUUUUUUUUUCCCCCUUAUUAUUUCUUUUGUUUCUGGUGGGGCUUGAUGUGGUCGUGCCAGAAAUGCCACGAGCCAUUGUAUUUGUGUUGAGAUGAAAGUUUUUGUGGUGGACUUUCAAGAUAUACGGAUAUAUAUGUGUCUUGGAUUUCAGCUUUUGGUCUGGAAAUCCAAUCAUAA